AUGAGUGCUGAUUUAACAGUACCUCUUACUGAAGAGGAAAUGUGCACAUGUGAAGCAUUGAAGGAACACCUGAUUGAAUUAGAAUUAUUAACUGCUGACAGUAAUGGAAUUGUCUAUGAAAAUGAAUGGAUGAACCAGAUAGACCAAGUUUUAGGACAAAUGAAUGUAGAAUUAAAUGGAAUGGAUAUUAGUCAAAAUGAUAAUAUUUUAAAAAGUGUUUGUAAAUGGGACAACACAAUAAAGUUGAUUUGUAACUCUGCCAUAUCAAUUACAACAAUUGUGUCAGAUGAACAAAAUUCCCAUAGGAAACUUGUACUAGAAAAAACCAAACAUAAUUAUAGAAAUACUAUACAAGCCACAAUACGAUGGAAAUCUAUUAUCAAUCAAAUGUCCCACGAAAAGGCGCCAUGGUAUUUUCCAGAGUCAUAUCCAACAUCAUGGGAACUUAAUCCAACAGAAGGACCUAGUAGAGUAAGAAUUCGCCUUCAAAGGUGCCAUUUAAACAUUUUAAAAAGAUUCUUUAAACCUGAAUAUUCCCAAAAAGCUGAAAAAAAUAAUAUCAAAGGACCUCUAGACUAUUUAAUAUCAGAUGAUAUGGAAGUUCCUGUUUCUUCUGCUGUCGUUGAGAGUUUAUUGUCUCAAGAAAAAAUAUCUUACAUGUGCACCGCAAAAUUAGUACACCCAUGGCAAAAAAUUAAAUGCGAAGUUCUAAUCAGUGAAAAUGCAAUUUACAUUGUUCCUACUGAAAACAUAUCAAAUUCUCUACAAAAUGAUUAUUCACAUGUCCUUAAAUUCGAUGAAGUAAAAGAAAUACAUAACCGCAGAUAUUCACUUAAAGAAAAAGCUGUAGAAAUAUUUCUUACUAAUGGGAAAACGUUUUUAAUUGCUUUUCAUUCUCAAAAGGAAAGAGAUGAAUUUGGAAGUUAUUUAUUGAAUUUUCCAUUGCCAAAUCGUAUUACUAAUGAAAUACUGAGUGAAACAGUUGAUUUAUGGAGGACACGUCAAAUUACCAACAUGGAAUAUUUAUCAAUUCUGAAUAAAAUGGCUGCACGUUCUUAUAAUGAUUUAAUGCAAUAUCCUGUUAUGCCAUUUGUUUUAGCUAGUUAUAAUACUACGGAAUUAGAUUUGAAUCAGUUAUCCACGUACAGGGAUUUGAGACGACCUAUGGCAAUUCAGAAUAAAAAGAAAGAAGCUCAUUAUAUUCAACAUUACAAUUAUUUGAAAGAAGAUAUCCAUCACUUUGGAACUGAUCCACAUCACUAUAGUUCACAUUACAGUAAUUCUGGUACAAUACUGCAUUUCUUGAUCAGAGUCCCUCCAUACACACAAAUGUUUAUUAAAUAUCAAGAUAAUAACUUUGAUGUACCAGAUCGAUCAUUUCAUUCAAUGGAAAUUACCUGGCGUUUGUCGUCUGAUGAAUCAACUACUGACUUGAAGGAGCUUGUACCAGAGUUUUACUACUUACCUGAAAUGUUUAUGAACUUUGAGCAAUUAAAUUUUGGAGUUAAACAAUCCGGAGAAAUUGUUGAUUCUGUUAAAUUACCAACAUGGGCUCAAAACAAUCCAAGAUUAUUUGUACUUAUUCAAAGGCAACUUCUAGAAUCUGAAAUAGUUAGUGAAAAUUUACCACAUUGGAUAGACUUAAUAUUUGGUUACAAACAGACUGGUAAAGCGGCAAUUGAUGCAAUCAAUGUGUUUCACCCAGCCACUUAUUAUGGAUCACAUAUAGAAGAGACAGAAGACCCAGUUGCGAGAUCUGCUUUUAAAACUAUGGUGAGCACUUAUGGACAAACUCCAAGACAGUUAUUUCGCUUUCCACACCCUAUGACAGUUGAUGAUUACUCUCCCAAAAAUGUGACAAAAAACCCUAACUGUCGAAAUGUUAUUACAGGCUUAAAAAAUUUAAAAUGGGGAAAUUAUGUCGGAUCACCAGAGGAAAAUGUCCCCAUGUAUAUUUGGAAACGAAAACACAAGACUCUGGUUACUAACUUUGUGCCCUUACUUACCAAUGAUGUAUUUGGACUAUCAAACAACUCUGCUUUACUCUUAACAUAUUCAAAAGAAAAAUCAUUAACAUUACUAAAUGAAGGAGUUACUGUAAUGGCUGCAGCAAUACUUACUUGGAGUGAAUUUGACAGUGUGGUUAGAAUUAAACAGCGCAAGGAAGCUCCCUCUAAACCAGCUUUCAAAUUUUUUUCUACAGACAACAUCAGUACUAUAGUCACAGCACCACACUGCCCUUAUGUUUGGAUUGGUUUUGAAUCUGGAAUCAUACAUGUAUACAAAUUUUAUUUUGACAUAAUUGUUGGUAAUGUUGAGAUAUUUAAAGAACCGACUGUUCUUGUUGGCCAUCGAGCAAAAAUAUCAUGUAUAGCGUUGAGUCCAGCAUUUAGUAUUGCUGUUAGUUGUGAUAACCAAGGAACUGCAAUUAUUUGGGAUCUAAAUGAUAUUGCAUAUGUUAGAUCACUGGAGCCCAUGACGUCCCCAAUAAAUUUAGUUUCCAUCAAUGAAAUUCUUGGUGAUAUUGUUACAAUUGCCUAUAACCAUAACAGUGGAAAAUCAAUUAUGACACUUCAAACUAUAAAUGCCUCAUAUAUUGGCAGUAUUGAAAGUGAUAAAAAAAUUACAGCAGUAUGCUUUUCCAAUGCUCCCGAAGGAAUAUCGGUUAACAUUAUCGCAACAGGAUUAGAAGAUGGGAGUGUUAAAUUAUGGAGCACAUGGGAUUUGUCUUUUGUUAACGAAAUACCAAUUAUUCAUUUUGAUGGAGCAGUCAUAGCUAUUAUCUAUUCGAGUGAUUCUCAACAUUUAUACAUAUCAACAGAAGAUGGAACAGUAACGAUUUGGGAGUCUGCUGGCGCUAAGCGAAUUAGUAAAACGCCCAAAUUUUUAAAUCUUAGCAUGCAAUAA